UCAGUCAGAGCUGCUCCCCCUCCUGAAGCAGCAGCAGCAGCAGCAGCAGAGAGGUGCAGCGUUCUCUCCGCACACUGCGAGAAAUAAAAGUCCACACAGCUCCUCCACCGCAAUGGGGACGAAGUGACCGCGGAGGAGGAAAGAAACAGGUCGGUCGCGUUGAACGGUGUGCAGUCGCGGCGGUGCGCGCGCUCCUCACGGCGGAGACGUACAGGGGCAAACGGUCGGAGCUCGACACCUGAAUACCUGCAGUGUUCUCGCACCGACGUCGGAGGCGCGGAGAGACGGGGGCAAGAGCGGGGAAAGUUUCUGAAGCUCGGCGCAAAAACGCAGCGGCUGAACAAUGCGGCUGACCCCGACAGAGUGGCUUUCGCCGGCAGCCCUGCUAAUCCUGCUGCUGGUCCGCUGCUCCCACGGCAUAAUAUUGUCUCCUCAAGAGGCGAGCCAGUUUCUGAGCAGACACAGGAGGGCGAAUCAAGUUUUUGAGGAGACGAAGCAAGGGCAUUUGGAGAGGGAGUGCGUGGAGGAGAGGUGCACUAAAGAGGAGGCCAGGGAAGUCUUUGAAAACGACCCAGAGACGGACUACUUCUAUCCCAAGUAUUUAGCUUGCAUAGAGAGGUUUGGAGAGCCUGAAAAGAAAAAUCCAGAUCUGAUCACGUGUGUCCACAAUAUUCCGGACCAGUGCUCUCCUCCUCCCUGCUUCGCCAGGGGUACAGUCCGCUGCGAGGACAGAAAGGGCGACUUCCUGUGUCACUGUUUCACAGGCUGGACUGGAGCCCGAUGUGAGAAAGAUGUCGACGAGUGCAGCAAGAGAAACGGAGGGUGUUACCACCAGUGCAACAACACCAUGGGCAGUUACCGCUGCUCCUGUCGCCAGGGCUACAUGCUGGUCGGACGCCACAUGUGUAAUGAUGUGAAUGAGUGUGAGAACGCAGACGUGUGUGGAACGGCGCGGUGUGAGAACAAGGAGGGCGGCUACGACUGCCUGUGUGACGUCGGCUACGUCUACGACAACGAGACGAAGACCUGCGUGGAUGUGGAUGAGUGCGAGACAGGUGUGUGUGAAGAGGAGUGUUUGAACACUCCGGGGAGUUUCCGUUGCUUCUGUGAUGGUCGGCGGGGCUUGAAGCUGGGACAGGACCUCAAGAGCUGUAAGCCCAUAACUCCAUGUAUGUCCCCGUCCCUGAAGAGGAACUCCUGGUCUCUUUAUCUGGGACGCAUGUUCAGCGGCGUGCCGGUGGUGAGGCUGCGUUUUCGCCGCAGGAUUCAGACGGGCUUUUCAGCAGAGUUUGACUUCCGCACCUACGACAGCGAGGGAGUGAUCUUUUUCGCUGGAGGUCACCUAAACAGCUCCUGGAUUGUGCUGGCAAUGCACCAUGGGAAGCUGGAGCUGCAGCUGAAGUACGGCACAGUCAGUAGGGUCACCAGCAGCGGUCCUCUUGUCAAUGACGGCCAGUGGAGAAAGAUCUCAGUGGAGGAGCAGGGCCGCAGUCUUGUGAUUAAGAUCGACAGGGAGGCCGUCAUGAAGAUCGCGGUCAACGGCGAUCUCUUCACGCUGCAGAAAGGCAUGCAUGAGCUCAACCUGACAGUAGGAGGCGUUCCUUUCAAAGAGGAUGGCUUAGUCAACAAGUUGAACCCCCGUCUGGACGGCUGUAUGAAGGAGUGGCGCUGGCUGACGGGUGAAGACACCUCCAUACAGGAAACCAUCCGGUCCAACGAGAACAUGCAGUGCUUCAGCACCGAGGAUCCGGGAGCGUAUUACCCCGGCACCGGCUUUGCUCUGUUCAACAUCAGCUAUGCGGAGUCGCAGAACCUCAGUGUCCAGCUGACCCUCCGGCCGACCUCUGCUAUCGGAGUGCUGUUUGCGCUUGUUCACCAGGACAGAGUCCCUCUAUCAAUCGCUUUGGCUGAUUAUCAUCCGAUAGCCGACGAGUGGCGAGACUUUAUUUUGGUGUCUGUAGGUGACGUGAUCAUCGCCAGCGCUCCAGCACCCCUGUGUGACGGGGAAAGUCACGAAAUCCAGGUGACAAUCUCAGGCAAUCAAACACUCCUGCUGGUCGACGGCCACGCGGGGCGAAGUGAGGACGCUGACGUUCCCACAGAGCUCCUGUCGCAGUCCAGCACCUUUAUAGGAGGCCUCCCUGAUGUGUCGCUGGUGUCCACGCUGGUGUCGGCGCCCUACAGCGGCUGCAUGGAGGUCAGUGUCAACGGACAGCCUCUCGACCUGGACCAGGCCAUCCACAAACACAACGACAUCCGCUCACACUCCUGCCCCCUGCUGGACUCCCACUAGUGACCGGUGCUUU